GCUCCCGAUCCCGCUCCAAGUCCAAGUCUCGCUCGCGCUCUCGAUCGGUGCGUGAGGAGAGCAAGACCGGUCGCGAUCGCAGCAGGUCCCCGCAUCGCCGCGAGCGGUCCCGUUCACGGUCUCGCUCCCGCUCUCGCUCCGCUUCGGGUUCGCGCUCCCGAUCCCGCUCCAAGUCCAAGUCUCGCUCGCGCUCUCGAUCGCAGGAUCCAGUGUUUCCUGUUUCAGCCAUGGCCCCCAUUCCCCCCAGCAGCUUGGCUUGCCUUGGCUUCCUCGUCGUCCUAGCUUCCACCCUCCUCCCUUCCGCAAACGCCGUCUACGCCACUUUCAGCGAAGGCAUCAACUCCGGCGGCGGCGCGUGCAACUACGAGGGUAACCUCCGCGAUGAUCCGCUUUUCAACAACGGAAUGACCGCCAUGAUCCCUCAUAGCAGGUACGAGAACGGCAAGGGCUGCGGCACGUGCUACGAAGUCUUCGGAGCGGCCGGCGCGGGCGGCGUGGAUCUGCUGGAAUUAUCGACGGACGGCGAGAAUUGGACGAGCAUGAGCCAGCUGGGGAAUAGCGCCACGUGGACCCUGAAUCCCGCGAAGGAUGUCGUCGACGUGGGCGUGGCGGUGAAUCUGCGCGUGACGCUGGUGGGAGGCGCGCAGCAGCCGCUGGUGUGGACCGAUGCGAUUCCCGUCGGGUGGAGCGCGGGAACGACCUACCAUGCGGACGGCAACUUCUAGACGCGCCAUUCGAUCGGCGCCUUUCGGUAGACGCCAUUCGUUUGGCUGCUUCAGGUCACCGCAUCCCCUUGUCCUUCAUAGGACUCCCUCCGCAUCCCUUCGCAUCCCUUUGCUCCUGCGCGGGGGUCACGACCACAGCUGGUCACCCAGCAGCAUCCCUUUGCACCGCAUCCAACCAAAUUCCGCCCCUCGUUGCUCUCCUGCCUCUGUCUCCGUCUUCCCUCUCGUGCCUUCAGGUAUGUGAGGAGAGCAAGGCCAGCCGCGAUCGUAGCAGGGCCUCCUCUCUGUUGGAGUGGUUCCGCCACCCACAACGGACUACUCGUGACUUGGGGUGACGAGGAGAGAAAUGCGGACUUGGGACGAGAAGGUACUAGGAAGCGGGUAUUGCGUGAGCGUGAGGUGUACGGAAAGGGGAGAAGAAAGAGAGAAGAUUAGUGGAAGAAAGGAAUGGAAGUGGCGAGAAACAGAUUGACGUGGGGCAAAAGUUGGUGUUC